AAAGUAUGUAGAUUGCUUAUGUUGCAAUAAUUAAAUAUUUACUAGUGCAUUGUUCGAUCAGAGGAAAAAUACCCGAGGGUGUUAGAUCUCUUGCUUAAUCCUGCACCGUGGUAUUCGCUAGUAAGCUCACCUGCAUAUUUACUUCGUAAACCAAGAUUAGCUGUAGUACAUGGUCUGGCUGGACUGACAGAAUGGCAAAAUAUAAAACUAUUGAUUUUCUUGUACUGGUGAUAUUUGGUCUAGCCUCAGCUGGUAUUGGUCUGGCCUUUCAGUGGGAAUCAAGCUAUACUCCCAAUAUUCUACAUCCAGGUAGCAGCUUAACACUUCGCUGGAGUUAUACACUUACAGACAGAGAACAUCAGCAAGCAACAGAAUUCUCGCUGGUUGUAAUCGAAAAGGAACGUCAAAUAUACAGUAACCAGUGGCAGGGUAUAGCAGUAAAGAUACCGUUCAGUUGGGUGAAGAAAAAGAUCUCUCAGUCAUCGAACAUACGCCUACUACAAGGACAAGGUGCUGGGAUAAUCUUUUACAAUGCUACCGACCAAGAUAUCACUAGAUAUAGGUGCACUUUCCUAAGUGGGUUUUCUGCACCUAAAAAAGUGAUCAUGCCCAACAUAAGAGUCACCAUUGUUCGCCUAGUUGAUUCAUCUAGACAAUCACGGGGAAGAGUAGAGAUAUUUCAUGAAGGCCAAUGGGGAUCAAUCUGUUAUGACGGCUGGGAUACCAGACAAGCUCAAGUCGUCUGUCGAAUGUUAGGCUAUCCAGCAGCAUUAUGGCAUUACGGUAUGAGAUGCUAUAGAGAUUGCAGCAAGAUAUGGUUGAAGAACGUACGAUGCAAUGGAAACGAAUUGUCCAUUACUCAAUGUGAUCAUGGUCCAUGGGGGGUUUCAAACUGCAGUAGCGGUAGCAGAUACGCAGCAGUGGAAUGUCAGCCUCUCCCUGUGUCAACAUCUUCACCCUAUUAUACCACAAGGCGGCCAUACACUAACUGGCCUACCUGGCGGCCUUACACCACACGUUAUCCGUAUACUGCAAACCCUUCUCCAGGUUACAAUCCAGUGCGAUUAGUUAAUGGAAAUUCACCUUCUAUGGGAAGAGUUGAGAUACUACACAAUGGAGCAUGGGGAACAAUCUGUGAUGACAGUUGGGGCAUGGAUGACGCACGCGUUAUUUGUCGUAUGCUUGGUUAUUCAACGGUUUAUCGAGCAUUAGGGUCAGCUUAUUUUGGUAGAGGGAGAGGCAUGAUAUGGCUGGACGAUGUUUCAUGUAGUGGAACUGAACCAACCAUUUCCCAUUGUAGACACCAAGGUUGGGGAGUAAAUAACUGUGACCACAGUGAAGAUGCAGGAGUCAUGUGCGCGUUUUCUACAUGGAGUCCUCCUUUAACUGGUUAUACCACAUCAAGUUAUAUUUACGUGAGAUUGGUUAAUGGCAGCUUGUCUUCAAGGGGUAGAGUAGAGGUAUAUUAUAAUAGCCAGUGGGGAACGAUCUGCGAUGAUGGAUGGGACAUCCGUGACGCACGCGUUGUUUGUCGGAUGCUUGGUUAUAGAGAUGCGUACAGCGCAGUCGGUUCUGCUUACUUCGGUAGCGGCAGUGGAAAAAUAUGGCUUGAUGAGGUAAACUGUAAUGGAUAUGAGUCCUCCAUCUCGUCCUGUAUACAUUCAUCGUGGGGUACACAUGACUGCCGUCACAGUGAAGAUGCAGGCGUUGUGUGUUCGACAUCAACAUCCAUCCCGAUGACGUCAGCUAUUCCUCCUUCAGUUGGGAAUAAUACAGCAGCUAUUCGACUAGCUGGAUUUGGAAGCACGUCUCUCAUGGGGAGAGUCGAGAUAUACUACAAUAACCAGUGGGGGACGAUCUGUGAUGAUGGAUGGGACAUCAAUGACGCUCGUGUUGUUUGUCGCAUGCUGGGGAAUUUCACGGCCGCUAGAGCUGUUUCAAGUGCAUAUUUCGGUAGUGGAAUUGGCAGAAUAUGGCUUGAUGAUGUUAACUGCGUUGGGAAUGAAUCUUCCAUUACACAGUGCGGUCAUAGAGGUUGGGGAGUAAAUAACUGUGGUCACAGUGAAGAUGCAGGUGUUGUUUGCCAGAGACCAGUACCAAGUAAAAUCCAUUCAAUAAGUUCUACAGUUUACGUAAGAAGAGGAGGUUAUAUAUAUUUGUACUGCUAUGCAACUGGUAAUCCAUCCCCUAAUGUGAAGUGGAUGCGACACAAUAUGACACUGGCAACGGGAAUUUCCUAUGCUCGAUAUCGUAUAUUUAGGGCUCUGUUCUUUCACGCUGGCACCUAUAAGUGCGUGGCAUCAAACAUGUUUGGAUCUGAGUCGAAUACAACCAGGGUCUAUGUUAUCCAGAGCCCAAUGAACACAAUUGCCUACUUCAAUGUUUCGCAAGGAGCAGCAAUGAUCGGAGAAGCUGUUUUAAUCAAGUGUACAACCGACGCCUAUCCCCCCGCAACAUGUGAUGUGUAUCGCUACGGGAACAGAUUAGGCAACUCUGGCUUCAUUAUACCAGAUGUCACCUUAUCUGAUUUUGGAGCAUAUACUUGUAGUUGUACCAACAGUAUUGGUAGUGGAAAUGGAACAGAAACAUUAACACUUUAUGAAAAUCCUACAAUACAAGUCAUCUUCCCGAAAACACAAAACCUGAGUGAGACGGGUUCUUUUGAGAUCUUCUGCAACGCAACAGGCAACCCACUUCCUAAAAUCUACUGGUUCCACUCUGGCAAUCAUAGUAAAAGACCAGUGGGGUUUGGAAACACACUAUCCAUAUCGAAUAGCUCAUUGGACGAUGAAGGGACUUACACCUGUACUGCAGAUAAUAGAAGAAAGCAAGCUAAAGAAAAUGCAACUGUUUACUUGAUAUACCGUAUUUCUCGUAUCACUAACCCGCCAAAGGACGCCACGGUAUCCAGUGAUAUUUAUAGACGAUAUUACUUGUAUUGCAACGUAACUGGUAUUCCUAAACCUAACGUUACAUGGUUUAAAGUUGGCAAACAAACUCCUGUUGGGGGAGGAGCGGUGCUAACUUUAUUUGCACGAUGGAAUUACUCAGGCAUAUACGAAUGCGUAGCGGAAAAUGGGGUUGGAGGUGCAGCAAGAGCAAGAGCAUCUUAUCAAGUAUUACACAAGCCACAUUCCACACAGCUCAAGACAAAUCGUGAUAAUAACGUUGUCAUCGGCAAUGCUCCUAUAACCAUCAUCUGUACCACCAUUGCCAACCCACCUGCUGACCACUAUGAUAUAUUCCUUGGUAACAAACACUUAGCAACUAGUUCCAGUGGACUGUAUGUUAUACCGAAAGCGAAGGCCGAAGACAAGGGUACUUACAGUUGUUUUCCAAGAAAUACUGUCGGUAGUGGAGCAAACGCAACGAUGGAAUUGCACGUCUUUGGUGCACUUAGUAUUAUAUCAGCACCUCAGAAUACAACCGGCAUAGAAGGAAGGAAGGUCACACUAUAUUGCAAUGCCAGCUCUUCGCUUUACAAUGUACAACUACCUGCCAUAAUACGAUGGAAGAAAGUGGGUGAAAAUGACGUGCAUUUUCCAGAUGGAGAAAAGCUUGUCUUGGAGGAUGUGCGACCAAAGGAUGCUGGAGUGUACGAGUGCGACGCAAGGAAUGGAAUAGCAUUUCCUGAUGUUGCAAGAGCGACCGUUAUUGUCCACUAUAAACCAAGAAACACAAAGCUUACCUUAUCAACUGGAGGUGUUUAUAUUCAUGUCAAUGAAAGUAUGUCAUUGGUGUGCAAUGCUGAUGCUGUUCCCCCGGCAUUCAACUUCAGGUUUUACCAUAGAGGAGUUAAAAUCGGCGAAUCAUCAAGCCACAUGUUCAACGUAUCGCGCGUGUCAUCAUCGAGCAAUGGAACGUAUUCCUGUGUAGCUGAAAACUCUGUUGGCGAGGGACCUACUGCAUCUAUAACAAUCAAGUUUACAAGUUGUGGACGGAGAACAUAUAAAAGCUCGCCCCAAACGAGAAUCGUUGGCGGCGACCCAUCACAUCACGGGGGUUGGCCUUGGCAAGUCCAAAUGGGAGGACUUCUGUAUGGGAUAUUCUUUCCUCAUUGGUGCGGGGCAUCGAUUGUAAAUGAACGGUGGAUUGUAACAGCAGCACAUUGUGUGACUCGAAGACGUUUUGGAUCAUACACUGUCUUCAAACCAAAAAAUCUUACAAUAACAGUAGGAGAAUACAAUUUAAGCCGCAUCGAUGGAACAGAACAGCAAAUACCAGUUGAAAAAGUUUUAGUCCACAGACAGUACAAUCCCACCACUAUUGAUUAUGACAUCGCUCUUCUUCAACUCAAGAGACCAAUGGUGUUUAACGCUCAUGUUUCUCCCGUCUGUCUACCAAGUUUUGACUUCCCACCCAACACCAUGUGUUACGUGACAGGCUGGGGGAGAACAACAAUGGCCAAUCGCAAGUCUUCCAUUGUACUGCAAGAAGCAGAGGUGCCUCUCAUGGAACGAAACCGUUGUAAAUAUCUUCUUCGAAGGAUAUCGACAGUAACAAGUCGAAUGAGGUGCAAUGGAUACAAUGGGUUUCCGAAGUCUACAUGCCACGGAGAUAGUGGAGGUCCUCUUGUCUGUUCGCGCAAUGGACGAUGGUUUCUUAUGGGUAUAACUAGCUGGGGCUAUAGAGACUGUACAGACAUGAGAUACCCAAGUGUCUAUGCUGACGUUCUGUACUUCAGGGAUUGGAUACUGAACACCAUUACAGCAUGAAUGAGGAUUAGAGUUUGCUUAACAUGUGAGCUGAAUUAAUCAGUUAUCAAUGUCUAAACUAAUUCGAUAAUCUAUAGUACUUCUAUAUCUUUAGAAUACACUCCUAGGUUCAUUUGGAUAGAUUUGUCUCAUUAACCUUUAAAUGAUGUUUUUAUUUUGCCGAGCUUUCGAACUACGCGGGCAUCACUUCAGGGUUACAUUUAAACUCGUUACAACUGAGAUAUAAGAUAAACUUCGCCAUCAAAAAUGAGCGCGCACAUCAAUCAUGAUCUUAAAAAAGCAAGGGUGGUCAAUUAGUCGCUUGCGUUUGCUAGGUGACUAAUUGGCCGCGCCCUCUUUCUGUGAGAUCCUAAUUGAUGAGCACGCUCAUGCAUUUUUUUGAUGCCGAAUUUUAUCUUAUACAGUUGUAACGAGUUUCAUAUGUUACGAUGAAGCCGUUUAAAAAUAGGUUGAUGGUAGAAUUCCAUGCUGCCGACUCUGUCUCUAUCAAACAGAAUGGUAUUUCUUUUGGCAAUGUGGCAUACAUCCUCCCAUUAAAGGUUAAUGAGACAAAUAUAUCCAAAUGAAUAUAUGAAUAUAUCCAAACCCACGUAUAAACACCCGUUUGAAGUACGAUUAGCUGUUAGAGGUGUGUUUAUAGACCCUUGCAUGUGACGUCAAAGGACGGCUCGAUCUGGGGACAAAACAAAACAAUGCUAAUCUCCUGAAAAUUGGAAUUGCUUAGUCCCCCAGACUGAGUUGCAUUUCAAAGUGCUGCAAGGGGUCUAGUCAAAUAUAUUAUGACAAACUACUUUGUGUAAUGCUAACAUUUAAAAUUUGCCAUUUUGCUUUUUAAGAAAGAAAAUUUACUUGCGUUUAGUUCAAAUUGUUCAAUUUUUUCAAAAAUACUAGAUCACAUGCAUGUUCAGUGUACGUCUAGGAACAAUAUGAACGACAGUAGUGUUUGAAUAAAUAAACACGUAAUUUUAACUUUUGUCACUAUGAGUAGUUCCUUAAAAACUAUCCCCUUUUUUACCAUUUCAAUGAGUCAUCCUGUGAAAAUGCAGUCUCAGUCAUUUGCAAAACAUUUUAUCAGUGAAAACUGAUCGAAAUAUUGAAAAAAGAAAAAUAGUUUUUUUAAAAAUAUAAUUAUUUAUAAUGUGUAGUAUCUUCUCGUGAUGUUGUUUAUAGUCAAAUAAAGCGUUUCCCCCCAAUUA